GUGAAUGAUAUGACCCGCCCUGCAUCCCGUAGCUGGUCUUGAAGCAAGCCAGCAGGCUAGCUAAUGAAAUCCACAGCUGCAAAGGAGGAGGAAGAAGAAGAGGGAGGGUCUGUGAGAGAGAGACCCACACGAAUCGGACUGGCGAAGGGAGGUUUAGAGGUGGUUAGGAAGCUACUUGAUACUAAUCAAUGAGACACCCGUACUAGUAUUGGAAUCAUCAAUUGGGUUUAUGACAAAAAAAGCAAUAAAUCAGAUUCCGGUACUGUACCCUUCGGGAAAUCGUGGAAGCGUAAUUCAACGUGAACGGCGUUGACACCUCGCUGACAUCAUGGCUGAAUUUAGCAUCGAUCAGAACAAACUGCCUGGAGUAAAAGAAGUUGUUCGGGAUUUUGCUGUUCUGGAGGACCACUGCCUGGCCCAUAACCUCCAGGAGCAGGAAAUCGAGAGCCACUUGGCUUCCAACGUCCACAAGAGCCGUCUGGUGCAGCAGGACGUAGCGUUGGCCAAGCAGCUGCAGGAAGAGGAGGACCGGAGGGCCAAGGCCAAGGCCCACAGACAGCACAGAGACAUUGAGCGCAGUGACAAUGAGAUCGCCCAGGAGAUUCAGGAGGAACUUGUCCGACAGGCCAAGCAGCAGCGGAUGCAGGAGGAGAAGGAUGCGGCCAUCGCUCGUAAACUGCAGGAGAAAGAGAGGAAGGAGGAGAGGAAGCGACAGAAGCAGCUGGAGGCCAACUUUGAGGAGGAGUACUACGAGGAUAAUGCCAUCCUCCCUCCCCUCAACCCAGCCAGCCGAGCUUCUCUGGACCUGGAUGACAAACCCAGGUGGCCUGGUUCUAACUCUCUCUCUUCGGAGAGAGAUGCUGUGGAGACUAGAACCAACUCUCUUUCCAGAUACCCUGAGUACCAUUUAGAGGGUAGGGAGGGGAGAAAGGGCAGGCAGGGAGAUGUUCACCCUGAGUACCACCACUCCAGUAGCGGGGGCAAACAUGGAGACAGGUACCCCGACUACCACCACCCCACUGAGGGUAGAAGCAGAGGGAAGGAGGGCCAGAGGAGCAGAGACCACCAGGGGUCCCAGUCAACCUUCUUUGCAGACAACCAUGAGCCCAGGAGACAGCGAGAGGAGGAGGGGGAUAGGGUGGUCAGGAAGAAGGAGAGGCCCGCCCGGCCGCCCCCACCAUCCCAUAUCCCUGUGAAGAGAGACGAGGCUUGGGGUAGAGCGAGACACCGGGAGUGGGAGAGAGACGGGGAACGAGACAGACAGAGAGAACCCAGGAGAGAUGAGGAAAUUGAGAGAGACGCACCAAGACAGGAAAGACACGGGGAGCGAUUGAGAGACCAAGAGCAUAGCCUAGACAAAGACAGACACCGAGAGAGAACCAAGAGCAGGGAGCGAGGUCUGGAUGUAGUUCAGGACGAGCCCAUCCCCAGUAGCCGCAGCAGGGCCUGGGACAGUGGUGGGGAGGAUGCCCCUAGCCCUUGGGAUGAUGAAGAGGGGAAAUGGGGGGCCAGGGCCCGCCUGACGCUCCUCUCUGGCCCCAGUGAGCUGUGUGAGGAGGCGGCGAGGAGGAGCCCCAGGAUGGGGAGAGAGCGAGGGGAGAGGGGACACAGGGACCCUGGGGAGGGCCCCAGCACGAGCAAGGAGUGCUCCCAUACUCACCCCGCUCCCAGGGAGCCAGGUCGUAUUGUGCAAGGAGGACCAGGGGGUCAUGGAGCAGGGAAUUACGGGCUGGACGAGGCCACCCAGGGCAUCACUAAGCUGGACCUGCGGGAGCAGGAGCUGCUGGACAUGGAGGUGGCCCGGAAACUACAGGAGGAAGAGGUGAAGGUGAGAGAACUGGCAAGCAAGAUGGACAAGCGUGCGGCCCAAGUGGCUCAGGAUGAGGAGAUAGCCAGGUUGCUGAUGGAGCGGGAGAAGAUGGAUUACAAGAAGUCCAGAGAGAAGGAGAAACAGGGGAUGAGGCCCGAAGAGAGGAGGAGGCCAGAGGGAGGAGACCACAAGCCAAGCUCAGAGUGA